ACUGCGAAGCAGCAGCAGAACACGAGGCAGUCAGCAUGGAUAUAGAUCAGGAGCAUCUUGAUCUCGCGCCCGCUCAAGCACAUACUCUGAGUGAAAACUCUACCCCCAUGCCAGCUCCCAGCUCGGAUGCUGUCGCCAACGCUAUCGAGCGGAGGCUGCGAGAACAGCGUAAGCAACCUCAGCAAGACAAGGGCAAGAGCUAUGCGGCGUUUGACGAGGACCACGAGAAGCGGCAAGAAUUUCGCCGCAUGGUAGAUCCAGGGAUCCUCAGGCCGAAUGCAAGGCCAUUGGCCUUGGAGUCUCUCCAAACACUCCUCAAGCUCGCUGAGAACAUUAUACAAAACCCGAACGAGCUGAAGUACCAGAAGUUCAAGACUACGAACGGCAAUAUAAAGCGUCUCAUCAUCGAUCCCAAGGGCACUCUCGAGUAUGCCAGAGAAAUGGGCUUUGAUCCACAAGUCGAAGACUAUCAACCGCUUUAUGUAUUCAAGCCGAGGCGCAUCGGAGACUUGCGCAUCGGCGCAGAGAUUCUCAAGGAAGCUCUGGAUCGCGAAAUGACCAAGGAGGAGCGCGCAGAACGUGCUAAGCAGCAAGAGAAGGCUGUCGCCGCAGCCCAGAUUGCCAACAUUAAGCAGCAGUUCCUCGACGACCGCAAAUCACAGGCCCUGCGAACUCGUCGAGAGGAAGAGCAGCGUCAAGCCCAAGCCGCUGUCGCAGCGAGGCAGCCGCCCAUGUCGCCUACAUCACCUCCAGGUACUAUGCCUUCUGGCGAUGGUCGUAUUCUCAGUGAAAACGUCGUCUCCAUUCAAGAAGACUACGACGACUAAGCCAUCCUAAUACGAGAUACAAACGUAGAGGACGGAAUUUCAUCAAUAGUCGCAUAACUCGCGGCGUACACAAUAUUUGUUCGCAUAUCCCAUUGUAUUGCUAAGCCGAUUGUAUGUAUUAACUCUCC